AUGUCUGACGAGGUGCCAGAAGAUUUCAAGCAGUAUAUUAUUCAAUGGAUAGAGACUGAUGCUAUUGAAGCAACCAAAAAUGGCUCGAAAAUGGCGGUGCUUUACAACAAAAUGCUAGGUCAAAUACGACGCACGCCAGGACCAAUAGUAGACACCAAAUCGCUCAAACAAAUCAAAUUUGUAGGCGUGAAGACCGCCGUUAUGCUUAGUAAUAGGGUACUUCAACUUUGUAAAGCCAAUGGCUGGGAACCACCAGUUGGAUUCAUGGAUGAAGCCGAAGCACACAAAAGCGCUUUGAGUAAGACGGAUCAAUUGGUAGAAGAGGAUUCACUGACGCGACCUGUAAAGCGUGCUCGAACAGUCGCUAGUUAUGUCCCUAAGCAAAGGUCAGGAGCAUUUGCUAUCAUGGUUACUUUAUACUUAAGGGAUAGGGAAGGAAGGGGUAUGACUAGGGAACAAAUUUCGCAACAUGCAGCGCCGUAUAGUGACAAGUCAUUCACGACUUCUACAACAUCAAUGUAUUCUGCGUGGGAUUCUAUAAAGACAUUAAUAAAGAGGGAAUUAGUAUAUGUAACGGGGAGGUCACCAAAAAUGUAUUACUUGACUGAAGAAGGGAGAGAAUUGGCUUCAAAAUUGAAAACUGCCGUGAAUAUAGAAUCGUCGCCCAUGCAAUCAAACACAAUCGCCAACAGCUCUUUCGACAAUGGAGUCAGGUUUGAAUCUAGUUUUGAAAAAUCAUCCCCCAUCGUGAAUCGAAAUAUUGAUUUGGCUUCUGAUCGUCAAUCGUCGAUUAGAUUACACAAUUCAGCUCAUAAUUCAAGAUUAGUUUCAGAGGUAUUGCCGCCAACAGGGAACAUCGUACAUGACUCUCAAAAUAGAAUAUACGAUGGCACCCCAUACGAAAUAUGGACCAAGGACGAAUACGAAGUAAUCAUAUACAUUGAUAAUAGAGAAAUUAGAGCUCAACAAGAACGUGAUUUUUUCCGAAGACAGCUUGAACUUGCCAAUAUUAAAUGUGACGUUAAAGCCUUAGCGUGUGGGGAUAUCACCUGGGUUGCAAGGCAUUUGCGUACUGGUAGAGAAGCGGUUUUAAACUACCUUUGUGAAAGAAAAAGAAUUGAUGACUUAUGUGACUCUAUAAAAGAUGGCAGAUUUUUAGAGCAGAAGAAUAGAAUGAAGAAAUCUGGAAUGAUGCAUUGCUUCUACUUGGUCGAAGAAGUGUCUUUGGUAAAAGAGCGUGCUUACGCCAUUAUGGACUCGAUACAAACAGGUAUUGCACAAACAAUGACAAACGCACGCUUAUAUCUACGAAGAUUCAAGGACAUUGACGAGACAAUCGAGUUUUUAGCAUCUCUCACAGGCGUCAUUAAGGAUGUACAUGUUCAUAAAAAUUUAGUUGUUCUUCGACCUAGAGAUAUUUACAACCAAGACCACUAUAACGAAUUGUUGGUGAAUUUUCGAGAAAAGUUUGAGACUCGGGCAAACUAUGAAUGCUGCCACUUAUUUUCCAGUUUUCAGGAGAUGAUGGGAAAGACAACGCAAAUGACAGUGAGGGAAUUAUUCAUAUUGAUGCUCAUGACUAUUAAAGGGUGUUCGCUAGAAAAAGCCAUUGUAAUACAGAAUCGGUUCCCCACUCCAAAGAGAUUGCUUGAUUUUUAUCACCAGCAAAACGCACAUGCUCCAUUGGAGACAAAGAAGCAAUUGAUGGUUGAUGAGUUCAAAACGCAGGUGGGUAACAAAAAAAUUGGAAAAGUGUUGCUGGAAAAAAUUUAUGAUAUUUGGGGAACAUAG